AUGGCGUUGAACAUUGAUUUCAAUGCGCUCAAAGCGCAGACAAUGGGGUCAGGGAACGAUGAGGAGGCUGUUACAGUUGACACACGUGGUUUGAUCUCUAAAGUGCUUGCAAGGUAUUCAGGAAAAUGGACUGUUUUGCGAGAGAUGAUUCAGAACGCGGCGGAUGCCAAUGCCACCAAAGUGACCAUCAAGUUCGAAACGCUACCGUCAACCACAGUUCCUAUACCAGCAUCUGCGGACCAGACAGCCUUAAUAAAGCAUACCAUUUCGCAUCAUACGCUGAGACGUCUCUUAGUCUCAAACAACGGUACCCCUUUCAGUGAGAAGGACUGGGCGAGGUUAAAGCGCAUCGCAGAUGGAAACCCGGAUGAGACGAAGAUUGGAGCAUUCGGCGUUGGGUUUUAUAGCGUCUUCGACGAUUGUGAAGAGCCAUUUGUGUCAUCCGGAAAGGAGGCCAUGGCCUUCUACUGGAAGGGAAAUGCGCUGUUUACCCGAAGACUACAAUUAGCCGAAUCUUCAAAUACAGAGACAACCUUCGUCCUAGACUAUCGCAAUGACACGUCUCCAGUUCCGUCGUUGCUGCAACUAUGCCAAUUUUUGUCUACCAGUCUUACAUUCGUCGGCCUCGAGUGCAUUGAGUUGUGGCUAGAUGACUGGAAUCUUCUACGCCUUACAAAAAAGAGAGCACCAAGCAUCAGCUUAUCGAUCCCCCGCGACAUUGAGACUAAGACGCCUCAAGGUCUAAUGAAAAUCGUCGAUGUCACUCGUGAAGUCGCUCAAAUCGAUGCUUCUUGGAUGCGGAUUGUUGAGUGGAAUCCAAACGCGAGCGUGUUUCGCUUGGAUGGUCUUAGGGAUACGACGAGCUCGUUGCGCUCGUUUUUCUUCUCCAAACUGACUGGACAGAACCCAGAGAAAGACAAGCCAGCAAAAACAGAAAAGCGCAAUAGCAUUAGUGACUCGGAGGAUAUGACCAAAUCAUUGACAGCUUCAGUGUUCCUCCACACCAACACUGCCUCAAUCCAAUCGUCUGUCAGUUCGUCUUUGAGCAGUGAACUUGAACGUGCUACCCGCAAGCCUCCACCCAAGAAAACCACGAUUGCCGUCUUAACGCCCUCGUAUGACACUAGCAUGGCGUCGGGUGCUUCUGCAUCGCAGUCCGAAGUCCUCGCAUCCAUCUUACCAUCCAAGGCUGGACGAGUUUUCAUAGGGUUUCCCACUCAGCAGACAACGGGACUAAAUGCUCAUAUUUCCGCUCCCUCUGUGAUCCCAACUGUCGAGCGGGAGAGUAUCGAUCUCAACACUCGAUACAUUAGCAAAUGGAAUACUGAGAUGCUGAGGGCAGCAGGUAUUGUAUGUCGGGUUGCUUGGGCAGCAGAAAUGGCAUCCAUAAAGGCCAAAUUGUCAUCAGUGGUGGAGAAAUCGCAACCGUCGAAGAUUCGCAAGGACGAUAUUGUGCAUGUGCUUCCCGAAACAAUCCAUACUGCGAACCAAUUUGUUUUUCGCGAGUCCACCCCAUUAUCGCAGCUGGGGCAGCUAAUUGAAGAUGGAUUCUGGACAUGUAACAAGAAGGCAACUAUUGAGGUGCUUUCAACGUGCGGUAUCAUCCAGAGUCAUCAAGCGCGCAUAGCUCCCAAAGACCUUAACUUUAUGGACACCAUUCCGGUCUUGCCGAAUGAAUUCGUGUCCGGCGCAAAAGACUUUGUCAGGAAACUGACAGAUUUUGGAUUGGUGACUGACAUCACAGUAUCAGAUAUCAAGCGGGAAUUGGAAUCCAGUACUUUGCAAUCCAAGCAGGUUGUUGAAUUCCUUUCAUGGCUUGGCCGGAAGGCUGCUUCGGCCCAGUUUGACAUUCAAUCAAUUGGAAGCCUCCUGAGUGUGGCAGUUGCAAACGAUGAGGACGAAAAUGGGACUACUACGCGAUUGUUGGUUUUUGCAGACAUAACAAGCUUCUUGAACCCCCAACGGAUACCUGCGGAUUUACCGUUACCGCCGUCCGUUUUGCCUUUCAAAUACACUAAGUCCUUGCCCAAACAUGAGCUGGAAGCUCUGGGCUGGACGGAGUUACAACUGACUCCAUGGUUACGUUGGAUUGUCACGAAUUCUGGAAACCGCAACGCUCUUCCCGUGGAACAUGAUAUUACCAGAACAUUCUCAUUUGCCGCCCAGGUUCUUCCAGUCUUGUCAAAGCAAUUCGAAAGCCUAAGCCACUCGUCGAAACAGGCUAUCAUCGGUCUGCUUCAGUCACACACUGUUAUUCCGACGAAGCUUGGAAUGAAAUAUCCUGCGCAGACGUAUUUCCCAUCUGUACGGUUAUUUGAUGACCUCCCUGUCGUGCAUGGUCUCAACGGCGUCAAAGAGAAGUUCCUCGCGAAUCUCGGCGUCCGCAAGACAGUUGAGCUCAGCGUCAUCUUCGAGCGUCUCCUGAAUGCCCCUGCAGCGCCUGAAGGAAGUAAUGAGAAACAGCCAAAGUGGAGCCACGUGGACUUGGUGCGCUAUCUUGCUUCUGUUCGAGAUGACAUCCCGACAAAUGAUAUCCAGAAGUUAAAGAAAACCGGCAUCUGCACCGCUGAAAGUCCUGGCGACCAGAAAACAAGUUCGCCAAAGCGUUAUAAAAUAUCUGAUCUGUAUGAGCCGAAUAAUUCUCUUCGGAGCCUCGAACUUCCAAUCAUCGAAUGGCCUGGGAGAUAUGAGCCUGUCAGCAAUGAGGCUAAAUUCCUAUAUAUGAUGGGGUUGAGGCGCUAUCCAUCUGCGCCGGAACUCAUACAACUCAUGGCGAGGGCGAAUUUGGAAGGCAAUCGAGCUCUUCAUUUAAGGGCCCUCGCAUAUUACAUUUCUGAGUACCAUGCAAACGGUUACGGUAGCUUUGAUUCCAGUGCGGUUGAUGCCCCGUUCCUUCCUAUUGAGGGUACGGAUGAGUUAAGCCCGGCGAGGAAAUGCUUCACGGAUGAUGGUGCCACUUUAUUUGACUUCAGGAUCCUUCGACGGGAUCUUCAGGCACACGCCUCCAAGUUCGGAGUGCGACAGCACCCUCCCGUGACGGAAUGUCUAGAUCGUCUAAUCCGACGGCCGCCAAGCACGAAGCGAGACGCGAGGGUGCUCUUCAAGUAUCUUUCUGGAAGAGUGUCGGAGAUCAGCGCACGAGACAUUGAUCGCGCUGGCAGCGCGCUGAUAGUGCCUGUUGGGAUAAAUGAGACGGUCGAGAAAGGCGAAAAAGUUCGACGCGUGGCGCCUAGGCUUUGUUACCUUGGAGAUGGUGAGGACUACAAGGACAUAUUUGAUUUCGUUGAUUUUGGCCAGGAAGCCAACUUAUUCCUAAUGGCAGUUGGUUCGAAGCGAGAACCAACCAAGCCUGAAUUGGCACAGAUUUUGGUGAAGGAGCCCGCAAGAAUAUCUUCGACAUUCCAGAGCGCCGAUAAGUACCUCAAGCUUCUCAGAACACUUUCUGAGAGUCUUAUGGCUUUGAAGAGGGACAAGGAACUCUUCCAGGAGAUGAAAAGAGCACCGUUCCUGCUGGCCAGCAGGGAUAUUUCUUCUUUGGCCCAACAGAAUCCCAGCAAAGACAAGCCUGUCGAGUCGGACGACGAAGACUACGAUGAAGAUCAAAGCAUUAAAGAAUGGACUCUGGCUGCAGCGAAAGAUAUUGUCGUGGUGGACGAUUUCCAAAGCUUCAACCUUUUCAAGGAGCAUGUCCUAGCAGCACCACAGGAAGAGGCGUUGGAGAAUUUUUACCUUGCGCUGGGAGCCAUCCCGUUGAGUACCAUUGUCGAGGAGCGUGCUAGUUGGGGAUCAAUGGCUGCCGAUCAACGCCCCGCAACCAAGCUGCAGAAACUCAUUCGCGAACGCACGAGGUUAUACCUCCAUGACCAGUCCCCAGAUACGAUACGACAUGAUGUCAGAUGGCUUGAGAAGAAUCUACAGGUGCAGGUUGUCAAUUCGAUAUCUCUAACGCGGUCUCUCAUGGGUCGUCGUGUGUCGCUCACGCAAAAGCGAAGUGCCGUUGUCACUCAGCAGCAGUCGCGGGCCUGGACUUUGUGGAUUUGUCCUGGGAAAUUCGAUUUCUAUGAGAUUAGCCAGGCCCUCGUGCACCUGAUCCUUUAUCGCCCGAAGCUUCAUACGACGCUCACGUUAGAGAUGCUGUUGAAGACCGAUCUAUUGGAGCUCAAGACUCGAGGAUACAACGUCGAGCGAAUUCUCAAGCAGAAGGCUCAGGAAGCGAAGGUAGCAGAAGACAAGCGUCAGCAACAGCUGGAGGAAGAGCGAAAACAGCUUCAAGAAAGGGAAGCGGCAUGGGCAAAGGAACGGGCGCAAACGCAGUCCCGCCAGGUGGAAGAGGAAAAUUCACAGGCCGUGAUGCCGGGCGAUUUCCCUGACUCCCCUACGAGAAAAAAUGACCGUCACGAUUCACGACCCCAAGUCCCUGAACCUGUGCAAGAACAACGUCCACGCGGAUUGUUCGCCAACUUGACUAGACGCCUUGGACUGGAAAAUGGACGCAACUCGAAUCUCCUUUCUCAGGGACCAUCGCAGCCAAACCCUAUCGAGUCCACCCGGGAUUCCACGCCUCCGCCACCCUACUCAGCUGAAGAUCCAAAGACGUCCCGCCCAGAGCAGCCUACGGUUAACCCACCGCACAAGUUGCAUUCGGAACUUAUCUCCGCCAUUCAAGCCUGUCGACCCCAUGGGUCUUCCGGCGUCUACAGUCGACCUGAAACGAGCGAGGUCACCGAAACGAAGUCUUACUGUGAUGAGAAGCCCAGUCACGACCUGGACUUCAUUGCCACGCUCUCUUGCGGAAUCAAUCUGCUUUUCACGAAGAACCUCGGAGACCGGUCCAAUUUCCUCGCAAAGAACGGUGCCGGCAUCAACACAUUUGCCUCGGUGCUUAUCGAGUGCGCCGAUAUCUUCUCCCUCAGCAUCAACACGAUGAGUGUCUUCUACGACCCUGGCGGGCGAACGAUAGCAUUCAACCGGGCUGGAAGCAUCUUCUGCAACUACUUCUACUUCCAGCAGUUACACGAAGUAAGCCUUCUCCAGAGCCAGGACACCACUGAAGCCCUGGUGUACUGGUGGGUGAUCUUGUGCCACGAACUGGCGCAUAACCUAGUGGGAGACCAUAGCUCUGCGCAUAGUUACUAUACCGAGGGCUUUGUGGCUCAGUACUUCCCUAAGAUCGCGACUAAACUUGCCGCGGCUGGGAGGCAGGCUCCUAGCCAAGCUACAUCUUGA